AUGAUACCUUUCAUCUUGGACACUUUCGAGAUCCAAAGUCCAAAUGGCACCCAUGCAUGCUACGUGACUCUCCCAGGGAAGAUGAGUCUUUCCGAUGUGAAAGAUGGAUCAUAUAUUCGCCUUUUUAAGUUAGAAUUUGCGCGGGCAUUGGCAGCACAGCUUGCAGUUGCAGUUGAGUACGUACAUUCACAAGGCUUUGCUCAUGGUGGCCUUCACUACGGCAAUGUUCUCAUUCAGCUACCCUCUGGAUUCGAUUAUGGACAGUAUGGCCAGCCAGCGACUGUGGCUAUCACUCGUUUUGACGGCAAAGAGCUCCCUUCAUGUGUCCCUUCCCACGGCAUUUUACCAAUCUGGCUUGGGGAAGCAAGUGAGAAACUAAGACUUUCUGAAGCUAAGAUCCUGCUCUCCGAUUUCGGUGAGGCGUUCGCUCCUGCAAGAGAAAAGAAAUUUGAGUCGCACACUCCUCUUGUAAGCCGGGCCCCCAAGGCUCGUUUGGAAUCAGCCAACCCGCUUUCUUUUCCCUCGGAUAUUUGGUCGCUUGCCUGCUCAAUCUGGGAUAUUAUCGGCCAAAACCCAUUGUUUGAAGGUUUUCUGGCGACCGAGGACGAUAUAACCUGCGAGCAUGUCGGUGCACUUGGGAUUCUGCCCCCUGACUGGUGGAACAAAUGGGAGGUGCGUCGAAAUAAGUUCAGCGAAGAUGCGAAGCCGAUAAAUCGACGGUCGUAUCGAUCAUGGGAGGACCGUCUCGAGGACAGUGUGCAGCAGCCUCGACAAGCGGAAAGAAUGCCGCAAGGUGGCGAGGAACAUGGUGCUCUGUACUAG